AUAAAAGGAGGUUCUAACUCUUGCUUGUAUGCAGGCUAAGCAGAAAGAAAGACAAAUGGGUUCUUUAUGUCCGGAGAAUUUGCCCCCUCAUGCAGUCUGUGUCCCAUUUCCAGCACAGGGUCACAUAAACCCGAUGCUAAAACUAGCAAAACUUCUUCAUCAAAAAGGCUUUCACAUUACCUUUGUUAACACCGAAUAUAAUCAUCAACGUCUCCUCAAAUCAAGAGGCCCUGAUUCUCUGAACGGCCUCCCUAGUUUCCGGUUCGAAACUAUUCCUGACGGACUUCCUUCUUCAGAGAAUGCCAACUCUACUCAGGACGUUCCUUCCCUCUGCUACUCUACCAAGCGUAAUUGCUUAGCUCCCUUUAGAUACCUUCUCUCUAAACUCAAUAAUUCUGCUUCAUCGAAUGUUCCUCCUGUCACUUGUAUAGUUUUCGAUUGUAUCAUGAGCUUUACACUCCAAGCUGGUCAGGAAUUGGGCGUUCCUGUCGUUCUUUUCUGGACAGCUAGUGUUUGUGGAUUCAUGGCUUAUUUGCAUUACCGCCCUUUAGUUGAAAAGGGUUUUGUUCCCCUUAAAGAUGCAAGCUACCUGACAAACGGAUACUUGGAUACUCUUAUCAAUUGGAUUCCUGGCAUGGAAGGUAUACGAUUGAAGAAUUUGCCGAGCUUUAUUAGAACUACUGACCCUGAUGAUAUUAUGGUGAAUUUCGCCAUCGGAGAAGUCGAGAAUGCUCGAAAUGCUUCAGCAGUUAUUUUCAACACAUUCGAUGAUUUAGAGUAUGAAGUUCUAACGCAUCUUUGCUCAAUUCUUCCAAAUCCAAUCCUUACCAUUGGUCCUCUUCAGCUACUACUUCAAGAUCAGGUCCAGGAAAGUGUUGUAAACUCUAUAAAAUCAAAUUUAUGGGAAGAACAACCUGGUUGUCUAGAAUGGCUAGAUUCAAAAGAGCCCAAUUCAGUUAUCUAUGUAAAUUUUGGCAGUGUCACGGUCAUGACACCACAACAACUAGUAGAAUUUGCUUGGGGACUUGCAAAUAACAAGAAAACAUUCUUGUGGGUAAUAAGACCUGAUCUUGUAACUGGCGAAUCGGCAAUUAUUCCUCCAGAAUUCUUGAAGGAGACUAAAGAAAGAGGUUUAUUGGCAAACUGGUGCCCACAAGAAGAAGUUCUGAUGCACCCUUCAAUUGGAGGAUUCUUGACACAUAGUGGAUGGAAUUCAACAAUAGAAAGUUUGGCUGGUGGUGUGCCCAUGAUUUGUUGGCCUUUCUUCGCAGAGCAACAAACAAAUAGCUGGUUCUGUUGCAAUAAAUGGUGUAUAGGAAUGGAAAUAGAUAAUGAUGCGAACAGGACUGAAAUUGAGAGGCUAGUGAAGGAGUUAAUGAACAGUAAACCAGGAAGCGAAGUCAAGAAUAAAGCAAUGGAAUGGAAAAUGAAGGCAGAAGAAGCUACCAGUAGGACAGGAUCAUCUUAUAUGAAUUUGGACAAGAUGAUAACUAUGGUGCUUCAUUAGAUCUCCAACAAAUCAAAUCAAGUAAUUAAAUGGUAGAAAUCUGGAUAUUUGCUUUUGUUUGUUGGUAACUGGUAAGUAAAAGGGAAUACUUUAUGGUUCAUUAUGAACCUUUCUUCUGUGUAGGCCAUUGGAGAGUAUCCAGCCUUCUCCAUGUAUGGUUUAUUCGUACUGUGUACAAAAGUUGUGAAUGCCUAUCUAAAGUCUUUUUCAUUCAA